AUGAACACUAGCCGUGCAGAAGCAACAGUAGAGUUACGGCCUAUCCAAGAGAGGGUGAGGAGCACAGCUAACAGACUCGAGGCUGGUUUGUCACAGAUUGACAAUAAAAUCCAUAGGAUCCCACCUGGCCUCCGAGGGAUCGGCGACCGCUACAUCGUCCCUAGCGUCGUGGCCCUCGGUCCGUACCACCAUGGCUCGCCGCACCUCCAUCAGAUGGAGGAGAUCAAGCACGUAGCGGCGUACUACUUCUGCAAGGACUCGGGCCGCCCAGUUGAGGAGGUCUACGCCAAGAUCCUCUCCGUCGCCAUCCAAGUCCGCUGCUUCUACGACGAGGACGCGGUCGCACGCUUCAGCGACACGGAGUUCGCGGAUAUGAUGUUCCUGGAUGGUUGCUUCCUGCUGGAAUAUAUUGGUGCCAAUGACGUUCUUGUUCCUGUUUUAGCAAAUACCAUGGUGUUGUCCACGGGGCCAUGCAUGCUGAGGGACAUCAUGCUGCUGGAGAACCAGCUCCCUUGGCUGGUCCUCGAGGUCCUCAUGACCUUCAAGCAUGUGGACGUGUCCGAAUUCAUACUCGGUAACAUUCGGGCCCUUUUGCGUGUCAAGGACCGUCCAGGAGAAGUUUACGUGAAUGGAGACUAUAGGGCGCCACAUUUUCUUGGUCUUGCCCGAUUGUAUUUGACUGGCGACACGGCUCAUGGUGAAGAAAACCAGUCGCGAUGCGGCGUGAUGAGCAUACUAUCUGCCAUCCAGCUAGCAGAGAUGAGCGUCAAGUUGAAGGAUAGCGACGCGACAAUGUUUGCGGACAUGAUCAUGAACAAGAAUGGCUGCCUCUACGGAGAACUCUCAUUGUCACCGGUGUUUCUGAACGAGUACACAGCUUGUUGGCUCAUCAACAUGGCGGCCUUUGAGACGUGCACGUCCACGGGCUAUCCCUCAGAUGGCUUCGUUGUGAGCUCCUACCUGUCCAUCCUGGCUAUGCUCAUGGACAAAGAGGAAGACGUGCACGAGCUACGAGCGCAGCAUAUCGUCCAAAGCUACUUCAGCAACCAGGAGACCCUCAACUUCUUUAAGGUCAUUGCCCGGCACCUGCGCCUCGGCAACCGCUGCUUUAUCAUCUUAGAAGCGAUUGAGGACUACAAGCAGAAGAGGCGGGUGUGGAUCGUCGUCCAUAGGUUCCUGUACCACAACUGGAAAAACAUAGUGGCACUCAUCUCAAUCGUUAGUGUGCUUGUGGGGGUCUUCAAAACACUACUCUCCUUGAAGUAUCACUAG